AGCACCCGGUAUAAUUUUGCAGCGAAUUACGCGUGGAAAAUUAAAAAUAAAAGUCCGUAUUAGUUGAUUAAGAAUUAUUUAAAUAAUUAUGGCAUGUAUUGCUUUACCAGUUGUUGCGAAACUUGGAAAAUUAUCUAUUGAAAAUUUUUAUCAUGGUUCGAGAACAGUAAUAAGAAAUUCUCGGGUAGCUUGGAAUUAUCAUUAUCAAUCACAUAAAUACACAACAGCACCAGAAGAAAAGAAAUCAGAUGCAGAAUCCCCAGAAUUAACAGAAAAUGAAAAAAAAUUCAAAGCUGAAAUUGAACUUCUCAAUAAAGAGAUAGUAACUUUGAAAGAAAAAAACAGCGAGUUAGAUGAUAAGUAUAAGAGAGCAUUAGCUGAUGGAGAAAAUUUACGUGUACGAUUAACAAAACAAAUCGAAGAUGCUAAGCUUUUUGGUAUUCAAGGAUUUUGUAAAGAUUUAUUAGAUGUCGCCGAUAUUUUAGGAAAAGCAACAGAAAGUGUACCAAAAGAUCAAUUAACUGCAAAUAACCCUCAUUUAAAAUCACUAUACGAAGGUUUAAGGAUGACUGAAGCUCAAUUACAUAAAGUAUUUAAGAAGCAUGGACUUGCAUCUGUCAAUCCAUUGGAUGAGAAAUUCAAUCCCAACGAACAUGAAGCAUUAUUCCAACAGGAGGUUGAGGGGAAAAAACCGGGAACCGUUGUAGUUGUAUCAAAAGUUGGAUACAAAUUACAUGAGCGAAUAAUAAGACCAGCACUCGUUGGUGUAGCUAAGGGUUGAUUUUUAUUUUCUAAAAAUUAUAUCAAAAUAAAUUGCUUUUUAUUUUAAUAAAUUAAGUAUAUAUUUCGUUGUCACUUGAGUUAUUAAAUAAAAGGACAAUUGUAAGUAGAAAAAACAUAAAAAAAAUUU